UAUUGAAUUAGUGGUAUCCCCGCUCAAAACCAAAACUACACCAACCUCCCAAUUCCAUUCCACCAAUACCAAACCAACCACUUCCACCAAAACUAAUGGCCUCCUUAUCACUCCUAUCCCCUCCCUCAACCAACCACCACCACCAUGACCACCACCGUCGCCACCUAUCCACUCGCCUUAUCCUGCGGACCCCUCCCUUUAACCUACGCACCCCCACUAAAACCUUCUCCAUCACUGCCAAGUCAGCCCCAACUUCCCUCACCCAAGACGACCUCAAGAAGCUCGCCGCCGAUAAGGCCGUCGCCUAUGUUCAAUCUGGGAUGAUCCUCGGCCUCGGCACUGGCUCCACUGCCGCCUUUGUUGUCGCCAAGCUCGGCCAACUCCUCUCCACCGGCCAACUCUCCGACAUUAUCGGAAUCCCCACUUCGAAACGCACCGAAGAGCAAGCCAAAUCCCUGGGAAUCCCUCUCUCGGUCCUCGAUGACCACCCGAAAAUUGACCUCGCUAUUGACGGCGCCGACGAGGUUGAUCCUGACCUUAAUCUCGUUAAGGGACGUGGAGGGGCCCUGUUGAGGGAGAAGAUGGUGGAGGCUGCGUCGGAGAAGUUUGUGGUGGUGGCAGAUGAGACGAAAUUGGUUUCUGGGUUAGGUGGGAGUGGGUUGGCAAUGCCAGUGGAGGUUGUGCAAUUCUGCUGGAAGUACAAUUUGGAGAGGCUGAGAGAUUUGUUCAAGGAGGAAGGAUGUGAGGCAAAGUUGAGAUUGGUUCAAGGAGGAGGAGGGGAGGAGCCGUAUGUUACUGAUAAUAACAACUACAUUGUUGAUUUGUACUUCAAGAACCCCAUCAAAGACGGGAAUGCGGCGGGGAGGGAGAUUUCCAAAUUUGAAGGGGUGGUGGAACAUGGAUUGUUCUUGGAUAUGGCAAAUGCGGUGAUCAUUGCCGGGUCGAAUGGAGUGGAAGUGAUGACCAAAUGAGGGGCAAUGUUUUCUUUUUGUGCCUUGUUUUUGAGGUGGUGGUUGUUUAUUAUUUAUUUAAUGAUUAUUUUAGCAUUGCAACUUGAAUAGGAAUACUACUUUGAAAUAAUUGAAAACAUAGAUUUGACAUAGAUGUUUAGCAUUUGUUUGUGUCAAUGUAUUGAAAAUUUGAAAUUAUUCUUUGGCUAUGAAGAAAAAUUAGCAAAAUAUCCCCGUCACUAAUGCAUCGUCA